AUGGCAUCAAACAUCACCUUGGAAGACAUCAAGAACGAGAAUGUUGAUCUUGAGAAGAUUCCGGUGAAUGAGGUGUUCCAGCAGCUGCGUUGCACCAAGGAUGGGUUGUCGACGGAGGAGGCGGAGCAUCGGCUCCAAGUCUUCGGCCCCAACAAACUCGAGGAGAAAAAGGAAAGCAAGGUUUUGAAGUUCUUGGGAUUUAUGUGGAAUCCAUUGUCUUGGGUUAUGGAGAGCGCAGCCAUCAUUGCCAUUGCUCUCGCCAAUGGACAGGGAAAGCCACCGGAUUGGCAAGAUUUCGUGGGCAUAGUGGCGUUGCUCAUCAUCAACUCCACCGUCAGCUUCAUCGAGGAAAACAACGCAGGCAAUGCCGCGGCUGCUCUAAUGGCAGGGCUCGCCCCCAAGACUAAAGUGUUGAGGGAUGGGAAAUGGAGUGAGAAGGAUGCGGCCAUCCUUGUUCCGGGAGAUGUUAUCAGCAUCAAAUUGGGAGAUAUUGUGCCCGCAGACGCCCGUCUUCUCGACGGAGAUCCCCUCAAGAUUGAUCAGUCUGCUUUGACCGGUGAAUCUUUGCCCGUCACCAAGAACGCCGGCGAUGAAGUCUUCUCCGGCUCCACCUGCAAACAAGGUGAAAUUGAAGCCGUCGUUAUCGCCACCGGCCUCCACACUUUCUUCGGCAAAGCCGCCCAUCUCGUCGACAGCACCCAUCAAGUCGGCCACUUCCAAAAGGUGUUGACGGCCAUUGGGAACUUCUGCAUAUGUUCAAUUGGGGUUGGGAUAGUGAUAGAGAUAGUGGUGAUGUAUCCGAUCCAGCACAGAAGAUACAGGGAUGGAAUUGAUAAUCUUUUGGUUCUUCUGAUUGGAGGGAUCCCAAUCGCCAUGCCUACUGUGUUAUCAGUUACCAUGGCAAUCGGGUCGCACCGCCUUUCGCAGCAAGGCGCCAUCACCAAGAGGAUGACUGCCAUUGAAGAGAUGGCCGGAAUGGAUGUUCUUUGCAGCGACAAGACUGGAACUCUCACCCUCAACAAGCUCACUGUCGACAAAUCCCUCAUUGAGGUUUUUGCAAAGGGUGUUGAUAAGGAAAUGGUUAUGCUCCUCGCUGCCAGGGCUUCCAGGGUGGAGAAUCAGGAUGCUAUUGAUGCUUGUAUUGUUGGAAUGCUAGCUGAUCCCAAGGAGGCUAGGGCAGGUAUUCAAGAGGUCCAUUUCCUCCCUUUUAACCCAGUGGAAAAGAGAACUGCAAUCACAUACAUAGACUCCAAUGGGAAAUGGCAUAGGGUGAGCAAAGGUGCACCAGAACAGAUUGUUGAGCUUUGUGCGCUAAAAGGAGACGUGGAGAAGAAAGUCCAUUCAAUCAUAGACAAAUUCGCCGACCGUGGCCUUAGAUCUCUCGCUAUUUCCCAACAAGAAGUCCCGGAGAAGAAUAAGGACGCCGCCGGAACUCCAUGGCAAUUCGUCGGCCUCUUGCCUCUCUUUGACCCACCCAGGCACGACAGCGGGGAGACCAUCAAGCGCGCCCUUAACCUCGGCGUCAAUGUCAAGAUGAUCACCGGCGAUCAGCUCGCCAUUGCUAAGGAAACCGGCCGCCGACUCGGAAUGGGAACCAACAUGUACCCUUCUUCCUCCCUUCUCGGCGGCGAGAAGGGCGACGGUUUCGAGAAACUUCAGAUUGUCGAGCUAAUCGAGAAGGCCGACGGGUUCGCCGGAGUUUUCCCCGAACAUAAAUACGAGAUUGUGAAGAAACUUCAGGAAAGGAAGCAUAUUUGUGGUAUGACUGGGGACGGUGUGAACGACGCGCCGGCGCUGAAGAGGGCGGAUAUUGGAAUUGCGGUGGCGGAUGCAACGGACGCGGCUAGGGGCGCGUCGGAUAUCGUGCUGACGGAGCCCGGGUUGAGCGUGAUUGUUAGCGCGGUUUUGACGAGCAGAGCUAUUUUUCAGAGGAUGAAGAAUUAUACGAUUUAUGCGGUUUCCAUAACCAUCCGUAUUGUGCUUGGGUUUAUGCUCAUUGCGCUUAUUUGGAAAUUUGAUUUCUCGCCCUUCAUGGUGCUCAUCAUCGCCAUCCUCAACGACGGCACCAUCAUGACGAUUUCAAAGGACAAAGUGAAGCCCUCCCCCAUGCCUGAUUCCUGGAAACUCAAAGAAAUAUUCGCCACCGGCGUUGUGCUCGGCACUUACCUCGCCGUCAUGACUGUCAUCUUCUUCUGGGCCGCUCAUCAGUCCGAUUUCUUCACGGAGAAAUUCGGUGUAAGAUCAAUCAGGGAUAACUACACAGAGCUCAACUCCGCUUUAUAUCUUCAAGUCAGCAUCGUAAGCCAGGCCCUCAUCUUCGUCACAAGGUCCCGCAGCUGGUCUUUCGUGGAGCGCCCCGGCCUCUUACUGCUCUUCGCUUUCGUCGUGGCACAGCUCAUCGCCACCGUGAUCGCCGUGUACGCAAACUGGGAAUUCGCAAGAGUGAAGGGCAUCGGAUGGGGCUGGGCCGGCGUGAUCUGGCUCUACAGCGUAAUCUUCUACAUCCCACUCGACGUAUUAAAGUUCGGCAUCCGAUACGCGCUCAGCGGCAAAGCCUGGGACAACAUGCUGAACAACAAAACCGCAUUCACAUCCAAGAAAGACUACGGAAAAGGCGAGCGUGAGGCGCAGUGGGCCACGGCGCAGCGCACAUUGCACGGCCUUCAGAACCCUUCGGACACAACUAAUCAGCUCUUCGAUGAUAAUAACAACUUCAGGGAAUUGUCGGAAAUCGCCGAGCAGGCGAGGCGACGCGCCGAAGUUGCGAGGCUAAGGGAGCUUCAUACUCUGAAGGGGCACGUGGAAUCGGUGGUGAAGCUGAAGGGGAUUGACGCCGACGCGAUUGCGCAGUCGUACACUGUGUGA